UCUUUCUACGCCGCCGCAUCAUCACACGUGCCAUGAUGUACCCUCCCAAUACGCCGAAGCCAUCCAUGGCGUACGUUGCGGAGCAGCGCAAAGCGAACCAGCCGCCGCUGCAGGACCUGUAUGAAGACAUCCGCUCGCACGCCCCCUUCUGGAUGCUCCAGUCGAAGCUCAGCAUAAGCGUGCCGGACAAAAACAAGAACAAGGACGGCCCGUUUACGUUGGACAACUCGUACUACGAGCGUCCCGACACGUGCUUGGGCAAGUGCCAAGACAAGAUUUGUGGCCCGCUAAAGUACCAGUACAACAAGGUCGACUUCGUCCCCGUGCUCAAGCAGGUGGACCAGGCAAACGGCGGAAGCCCUCUGUCGCCUAACGCGCCCGCGUCGGGCGACACUAAGUACCUUGCGAUGGGCUCCGUCUUCGAGAACGGGUGCAAGUACUGGCUUGACGACCGAUUCUUCCUCGUCGAGGUGGGAAACCCGUACGAGAUCGGGGGCGUGCCCUUCGCGGGCGAGAUCGGCUCGUACAUCCUCUCAUUCUCGGGGACAGAGGGCCCGGAUGGACUCAUCGGGCAAGUUCUUUGCCAAGACGGCAUCUGCGGUGCCCCGGGCUGCUGCCCCUGCUUUGGGUACGACAAAUGGACGGCCGACAAACUGAAGGUCACGGACAAGGCGAACGACGAACACACGUACUGCGUCUACACGCACGAGCUCGAGGCGAACGACAAGAUGUUUGCCAGCACCGACACGAUGAAGGGCCUGACAGAGGCGCUCGAGGAGUGCCACUUCAAGGACGGCGACAAGAAGAUCACGAUCGUGGGGUGGAGCCUC